CAUUUGCCCUGUCCUUUGGAGAGGGGAGGUGUCCUGUGAAGGAGCUCUGCCUGGGCCUUCUUCGCUGGUUGGGCAGGAAGCCUGCCUUGGAGGAGAGUUACCAGCUGGGGGCGCCCUCACACCAGCGCGGGUUCCAGCGCAGUGUGGAUCCACAGCUGAGCAUGGCAGCCACCGCCGCGGUCAGCCCCAGUGACUACCUGCAGCCCGCCGCCACCGCCCAGGACUCCCAGCCCUCGCCCUUGGCCCUGCUGGCUGCAACAUGUAGCAAAAUCGGGCCCCCCGCGGUGGAAGCGGCCGUGGCCCCGCCAGCGCCCCCCCAGCCCACGCCCCGGAAGUUGGUCCCCAUCAAGCCCGCCCCUCUCCCUCUCAGCCCGGGCAAGAGCAGCUUCGGCAUCCUGUCCCCCAAAGGCAACAUCCUGCAGAUCCAGGGCUCGCAGCUGAGCGCCUCCUACCCGGGCGGCCAGCUGGUGUUCGCCAUCCAGAACCCCAACAUGGUCAGCAAGGGCACCCGUGCCGGCACCGGUGUGCAGUAUCAGGCGGUCCCGCAGCUGCAGGCCGGCAGUACCCAGACCAUCCAGGUGCAGCCCGGCCUCACCAGCCAGAUCCAGAUCAUCCCUGGCACCAACCAGGCCAUCAUUGCGCCCUCGCCGUCUGGCCACAAGCCUGUGCCCAUCAAGCCGGCCCCGGUCCAGAAGCCCAGUGCCACCCCGGUGCAGAGCGGUGCCAACGUGGUGAAGCUGACAGGUGGCGGCGGCAACGUAACGCUCACCCUGCCGGUCAACAACUUGGUCAGCGCUGCCGGCGACCCCGGGACCCCCGCCCAGCUCCUCGCCGAGAGCCCCCCCACCCCGCUGCCCAAGACCGCCAAGAAGGCCCGGAAGAAGGGGCUCCCCACCACGCAGCCGCCGCCGGCAGUGGCUGUGACCGAGCAGGUGGAGACCGUGCUGAUCGAGACCACAGCGGACAACAUCAUCCAGGCGGGCAGCAACCUGCUGAUCGUACAGAGCCCGGGCGGCGGCCAGCCCGCCGUGGUGCAGCAGGUACAGGUGGUGCCGCCCAAGGCCGAGCCGCAGCAGGUGGUACAGAUCCCCCAGCAAGCGCUGCGCGUGGUGCAGGCCGCCUCGGCCACUCUGCCCACCGUCCCGCAGAAGCCGUCGCAGAACUUCCAGAUCCAGGCGGCGGAGUCCACGCCCACUCAGGUCUACAUCCGCACGCCUUCCGGUGAGGUGCAGACAGUGCUGGUCCAGGACAGCCCACCCGUGACAGCCACGACCACCUCCACCACUCCCUGCAGCAGCCCCGCGCCCCGAGCCCCCCACCUGAGCGGGACCAGCAAAAAGCACUCUGCUGCCAUCCUGCGCAAGGAGCGGCCACUGCCCAAGAUCGCGCCAGCCGGCAGCGUCAUCAGCUUGAACGCUGCCCAGCUGGCAGCCGCUGCCCAGGCCAUGCAGACCAUCAACAUCAACGGCGUCCAGGUCCAGGGCGUGCCGGUCACCAUCACCAACACCGGGGGGCAGCAGCAGCUGACGGUGCAGAACGUUUCGGGGAACAACCUGACCAUCAGUGGGCUGAGCCCCACCCAGAUCCAGCUGCAGAUGGAGCAGGCACUGGCCGGGGAGGCGCAGCCAGGGGAGAAGCGGCGCCGCAUGGCCUGCACAUGUCCCAACUGCAAGGACGGGGAGAAGAGGUCUGGGGAACAGGGCAAGAAGAAGCACGUGUGCCACAUCCCGGACUGCGGGAAGACUUUCCGGAAGACCUCGCUGCUGCGGGCCCACGUGCGCCUGCACACCGGCGAGCGGCCCUUCGUGUGCAACUGGUUCUUCUGCGGGAAGCGGUUCACACGCAGCGAUGAGCUGCAGAGGCAUGCCCGCACCCACACAGGCGAUAAGCGCUUCGAGUGUGCCCAGUGUCAGAAGCGUUUCAUGCGGAGUGACCACCUCACCAAGCAUUACAAGACACACCUGGUCACCAAGAACUUGUGAGGCUGUGAGGCGGAAGGCCUGCAGACGCGGAGCCCGGGUCCCCCAGUCCCGCGGGCCCGGCUCCUGUGGCGGCUGAGUCCCCACAGGAAGGGGCUGUGCCCCCGCCCCCUCCCUCUCGCCUGGAGCUGUGGCCCGUCCAGCCCGGGGACCCCGGCCCUGCCCGAUGAGACGUUCUAUCCCAGGACGCGUGGGACCCUUCUUUCCAAAGGAAAACGUGCAUUUCACUCCGUCGAGGAGCAAAGCGAGUCCCUUCCCUCCACCCCCACCCCAGCACCCCCGACACUGCCGGGGUCCCAACGUGCCAUAGCCCCUGCCCCACCCCGGCCACAGGGACACCCCGGGUCCUCCCGGGCGCCCCGCAGCGGCUUGAAGGCCGCUGGAGACAUUCCAGCUUGGAGCCAGGGUCGGUGCCGGGCCGCCCUUCUCUGCGGAGAACGUUGCCUUAUACUCUACUUCCGAUGAUGAGCACUGUGUAUUGUGUUUGCUUUAACAAGUUUUAUUUAAUUGCUUCCCUCGUCCUCUCCUUGGUUGUCCGCGCCUUGUGCCUGCUUUCAGUUAGGGUUUUGGGGAGCAGUGAUGAGCGUAUGAAUUCUUUCUCUCGUCCUAAGCAACGCCGUGUUUCCACCUGGAUCCAGGUCUGACCCACACAGACGCCCUCCCACUGGCCCCGCCGCCCUCCAGCUCUGUGUACAGUGUAUAUUGUAUAAUAGACAGCCACAUCUACUACAUGUUUUAAAAACAUUGCUUGUUAUUUUUGAGGCUUUUAAAUUAAACAAAAGAAAUCCAAAUUUAUUUUCAGUUGUAACUGCUUGAGGUGUAUGUUUUAUGAAUUAAGUGAUAGAUUUGUUAUCCUUUAUUAACAGUGGACUUGGUUGGUCAGUGUUGAGCUGACAAAAAUUUUUUCUUGUUAAUAAAUCUAGUUGCCUGAGGCAAAAUCUGCA